AUGGAGGCAGCCAACGACAGCGCCCAGGGCGGCUUCGUCCUCUUGGGCUUCUCCGACCGGCCCCGUCUGGAGAGGAGCCUCUUCGUGGUCAUCCUCGCGGCCUAUCUGCUCACGCUGCUGGGCAACACCACCAUCAUCCUGCUGUGCCGGCUCGACGCCCAGCUGCGCACCCCCAUGUACUUCUUCCUCACGCACCUCUCCUUCCUGGACCUCUGCUUCACCACCAGCUCCAUCCCGCAGCUGCUGUACAACCUCGGCGGCCGGGACAAGACCAUCAGCUACGCGGGCUGCGCCGUCCAGCUCUGCCUGUUCCUGGGGCUGGGCACUGUGGAGUGCCUGCUGCUGGCGGUCAUGGCCUACGACAGGUUCGUCGCGGUCUGCAAGCCCCUGCACUACAUGGUCAUCAUGAGCCCCCGGCUCUGCACGGUCUUGGUGUCCGUGGCCUGGGGCUGUGGCGCAGCCAACUCCGUGGUCAUGCCCUCUAUUACCCUGCAUUUACCCCGCUGUGGUCACAACAGAGUGAACCACUUCGUGUGUGAGUUACCUGCCCUGAUCAGGAUAGCCUGUGUCAAUACAACAGCAGUGGAAGCCACGGUCUUUUUCCUGGCUGUGAUCAUCGUGCUGAUACCCCUCAUCUUGAUUCUAGUCUCCUAUGGCUGCAUCGUGAGGGCCGUGUUACAGAUUCGCUCAGCGUCAGGGUUACAAAAGGUCUUCAACACCUGUGGCUCCCAUCUGACCGUCGUGUCUCUCUUCUACGGAAACAUCAUCUACAUGUACAUGCAGCCGGGAAACAGCUCCUCCCAGGACCAGGGCAAGUUCCUCGCCCUCUUUUACAGCACAGUCACCCCGCUCUUGAACCCCCUGAUCUACACGCUCAGGAACAAAGAUGUGAAGGGGGCACUGAGGAGGCUGCUGCUGCGUGACAGAGAGGGGGGCAAGGGGUGA